AUGAAUAAAUUAUUUAUUACUUUUAUUUUAAGUACACUUUUAUUAAGUGUUGUUUGUAUUGUUAAAUCUCAAUCAGAUUCAUAUAAACCAAUUUUAUUAAUGCACGGAUUUGCAAUUUCCGAAGAUUGUGGAGCAAAUACUGAUUGGGAUACAAUGUUAAAAUAUAUUCAAAAAAAUAAUCCAGAUCAAAUUGCAAUUGCAUUAGAUGUUGACAAUCAUCUUAAAUCAACCAAACCAAUGUUCACUCAAAUCAACGAUAUUUAUUUAUUAAUGACUUCAAUCCUUGAAAAUAAUUCAUCAUUUGCAAAUGGUUUCCAUAUUAUUGCUCAUUCACAAGGUGCUCUUUUAAUGAGAUCACUUGUAGAAAUGUAUGGUUUCAAAGUUGAUAAUUUUAUUUCAUUGGCUGGUGUUCAUAAUGGGGUUUUUGGAGUUGGAUUUACAAAUGAUUAUUGGUUUGGUAAUUUUACAGAUAAGGAAUUAACAGAUUUAAUGUAUUCAUCAUCAAUGCAAAAGGAAUUUAGUGUUGCAAAUUGGUGGAAUGAUCCAAAAGAUAAUGAUAGAUAUAUAAAAGAGAAUUUCUUUUUACCAGCACUUAACCAAGAGUUAUCAGAGUUAACACCAGAGUUUAAAGCAAAUUUUGUUAGUAGUAUUGGUGGUUCAUUCAAUGCAUUUGGUUCACAAGAUGAUGAAGUCGUUGAUCCAUGGAUUUCAGAAUUAUUUGGUUAUUAUAAUGAAAAUAUGGUUAUGAUUCCAAUUAAUGAAACUUACUCAUAUCAACAAGAUUCAUAUGGUUUAAAAACAUUAGAUAAUCAAGGUAAAUUAAAAUUAACUCAAGUUGAUGGUGUUAAACAUGCUGAUUGGUUAAGAAGAGAAGAUUUAUUCAAUCAAUAUAUUUUACCAUUAAUUUCAAAAUAA